AUGCACAUCCGGCGUGCUCUAUUGGGAAUCUCGACAUUGCUCGGCCCCGUCCUGCCGGCUUCAGGUGGGCGGGUCGGUGCCCGGGACAGAAUGUCAGGGGCAAUACCGUCCUCACACGUCGUCCAUGAAAGACAAGAGCACCAUCACGUACAAGGAUGGGUGAAGCGUGAGCUCGUGGAUGCUGAGUUGACGAUCCCAGUGCGGAUUGGGCUACAGCAGUCCAACGUGGCCGCCGGGCACGAGCUGCUGGUGGAUAUAUCCAACCCGCGGUCUCCCAACUACGGCAAACACCUGUCUCGGAGCCAGGUGGUGGACUUGUUCGCGCCACGUAGCCAUUCGGUUGACCAGGUCAAACGAUGGCUCGUGUCAGCAGGAAUCGAUGAGGGGAGGCUCUCGAUGUCGCCGAACAAACAGUGGAUUCAGUUUGACGCCCCUGCAAACGAACUCGAGGAGCUGUUCCUUACUAGUUAUCACGUCUUUGAGCAUGUCGGGACGGGUAUCCAAAACAUUGCUUGUUCUCAGUACCAUGUCCCGCGCAAUGUGUCGCACCACAUCGACUACAUCACCCCUGGAAUCAAACUCAUGUCAGGCGGCUAUGGGGAGAAAAUUGUGAAGAAGACGGUUGGCCGGCGCAGCAUGACGGGGGAUCUCGGCGGCCAAAGCAGGAAAGGAGGAAAGAUGAACAACUUGCACCAAGUGAAAGGCAAAGGGAAGAGCAGGAGGAAAUGCCACCCGAGCCAUCCGGUUGACCCAGACGAUGACAAUAGCAUGUUCCGGGUGAGGGGGCCAUGCAGCGAUGAAAUCACGCCGCACUGCAUCAGGGCCCAGUACCAAAUUCCGAAUGGCACCAAGGCCACGAAAGGCAACGAGCUGGGCAUUUUCCAGAGCCUGAACCAGCACUACAGCCAGGAGGAUCUCGACACGUACUGGCGGUACAUCGCCCCCUGGGUUCCUCGCGGCACGCACCCCAAGUUGCGGUCUAUCAACGGCGCCUACGGGCCAACCAACGACACGUCCAAGGCCGGCGAGGAGGCCGACCUCGACUUCGAGGUGGCCAUCCCCCUGAUCUGGCCGCAGAAGACGGUCCUCUUCCAGACCGACGACGAGUGGUACCAGCAAGACCAGCUGCGCGCCGACAGCAAGUACCCAGGCUUUUUCAACACCUUCUACGACGCCCUCGACGAAUCCUACUGCCACCUGACAGCCUUCAACCAGACGGGCAAUUGCGCCACCCCCCAAUGCCGCGACCCGGAGUACCCCAACCCCAACGCCUUGCCCUCCCAAGGCGGCUACCACGGCCCGCUCAUGUGUGGCGCGCACCGCCCAACCCCCGUCGUCUCCAUCAGCUACAGCGGCACCGAGCACUCUUGGCCCGCCAACUACAUGCGCCGGCAGUGCCUCGAGGUCAUGAAGCUGGCGCUUCAGGGCGUCACCGUAGUCGAGUCCUCCGGAGACUAUGGUGUUGGUGGUGGGCGGUGGGAUUCCCGCGCGGGGUGUCUGGGCGAGAACAGGGACGUGUACGCGCCACGGGUCAUGGGGAAUUGUCCGUAUGUGCUCAGCGUGGGCGCUACGGCGCUGCAGGAGCCCGAGGCGGUGCCUCAUCCUAGCAGCAACCAGGGACCAACAACAACAUCAACAACAACAGCAACGAGCAGGAAGUUGAUCGAGGUAGCGGCGGAUGGGUUCGCCUCGGGGGGCGGGUUCUCCAACGUGUUCGGGCGGCCUGCGUGGCAGGACAGGCAUGUCAGGACGUACCUGGAGCGGGCCAACCUUUCGGAGGCCGGGUACGUGAAUGCGGAGGGCGUGCCGUUUGCGAGUCUGAGGCCGCCGCCGGGGCCGGGCAAGCUGUUCAAUCUGGUCGGCAGGGGGUAUCCCGAUGUGGCGGCGGUGGGGGAGAACUUCCGGGUCGUGCUGAGGGGGUAUCCGAACCGCAUGCACGGCACGUCGGUGUCGACACCGAUUUGGGCGUCCAUCUUGACGUUGAUCAACGAGGAGAGGCUGGCCGUGGGCAAGAGCACUGUCGGGUUUGUCCACCAGGUCUUGUACGAGCAUCCGGAGGUGUUUACCGACAUCACCACAGGGUCCAACCCGGGCUGCGGAGGAGACGGCUUUCCAGUCAAGGAGGGGUGGGAUCCUGUGACAGGCCUGGGGUCCCCGAUAUACCCUAAGCUGCUCGAUUUGUUCAUGAGCUUGCCCUGA